ACAAGAACCAUACUCUCGUUCUGGAGAGCUUGAGUUACAAAACACUAACAUCUGUGGGAUUUUAUACUUGAAACAUCAGAACAAAGAGUGCAGCUUUCUGUUAUAGUUUUUUUUUUAGCAACCGCUUUUUGUGAUUCCUGUCAUUUGUCUUCUCGGUCAGCCUGUAUUUAAAGUAAAUACAACAGAAAGAAGGCUAGCCCUGGUAUUCCCUCUAUCCAAAGAAAACAGCUAGCUUUAACUGUGCUGGUCUUGCUGGAAUGAAUAUAUCUGAGUCUAGUUGUUGUCAAGAGACCAGUUCUCAGCCCAGCCAGGUUGUGGAGCGUGGGAUAUGGGGCGCCAGUACUCCGGGCCCUGACAGAGGACAUGGUUUCGGCCACAUCCGGACCACAGAGCUUGUGCCAGUGCCUGGAACUGGAACAAGGACAGGGUCACGAACGGGAGGCAACGAAGGUGCGACAGAGGCCAGGAAGGGAAGCCCGGACUCAACCCGACCUGGAGUUUUGACCCUAGGCUCUGGCGAGGGAAAAUCAGGGGGGGAGUCGAGGAUUAGGAGGCCGAUGAAUGCUUUCAUGGUGUGGGCAAAAGAUGAGCGCAAACGCCUAGCCCUCCAGAACCCGGACCUGCAUAAUGCAGUGCUCAGUAAGAUGCUGGGUCAGUCAUGGAAGGCCCUGAGCACACUCGACAAGCGUUCGUUUGUGGAGGAAGCUGAAAGACUUCGGUUGCAGCACCUUCAGGAUCAUCCAAACUACAAAUACCGCCCUCGCCGCAAGAAACAGUCCAAGAAAAUGAAGCGAGUGGAACCAGGUCUGCUCCUCCAAGGUUUGGCUCACAGGGUCGCUGGAGGUCCUGGAGAUGCCUACUCUCCUCACCGUCAUGCCCAUCACCUGCUGCCUCCCCUUGGACACUUCCGAGACCUCCAACCCUCUGGAGCUCCAGAGCUGGAGAGUUUUGGCUUGCCCACACCAGAAAUGUCCCCGUUGGAUGUGUUGGAGGAGGAAGGUGGAGAUUCUGUCUUCUUCCCCCCUCACAUGCAAGAAGACAUGGGUCUCACUUCGUGGAUAAACUUCCACCACCCCCAACAUCCAAACCCGAGCCACCUUGGAGGCCAUCAGAGUGCCCACCACCAUCCCAGCAUAACUCACCACAACUCCCAUAACCUCCAACAUUCCCACCCACACCUAACGCAGAAGUCUCCACUCGCUUGUCUCCCGCUGCAGGAGAAAUGUCUGGUCGUUGAAUCCAUGAACCGUAACGGUCUCUACUCUUCCCAACCUAGCUUGAACUUCCCCGAAACAUCCAAGGUUCCUCACGCCCCUAGCACUUCUACACCUGCGGGCUAUUACGGUCAGAUAUACGGGAGCAGUCAGCCUGCAUUCACCUCCCAUCUGGGCCAGCUAUCUCCUCCACCUGAGACUUCUGGCACUGCAGUGGCUCCGGCCCCUCCGCCUUCACUUGACACAGUGGACCAGCUCGGACCCUCAGCUGAGUUCUGGGGCGAAGUGGACAGGAUUGAGUUUGACCAGUACCUGAGUGCAAACAGGACUCGAUUGAGCAGGAACGCUCCCUGUGAGGAGAGCAGUGCUUUGAUAUCAGCCCUGUCCGAUGCGAGCAGUGCCGUCUACUACAGCACAUGUAUUACUGGAUAAAACUCCCUCCGUUCUCAUGACUCAGCCUGGAGUCCUGAAGUCUGGUGCACAUAUGUCAUUUCUGAGUUUCAGAUCUUUUUUUAUUUAUUUGAGUUACCUUCUAUGAUUAAUUCAUCAGGGAGUCAUCUUGACUGGUUUUCUUCUUAAAUAUAAAAGGAGGUCACUGAACUCUAUAUACAUGUAAAGGAUGGUUCUCACAAUAUAGACUUGCAUUUCACAGUAUGCCUAGUCAUUUCUGGCCUUGAUAACCUGUACUUUCUGAGGCUGUGGUAAAUUUUAACCAAUCAUUUUGCUGACACCCAUCCAGCUACUGUAUGCUUAUGGUCUCAAAUGAGGGUACUGGGACAUGGAAGUCAAGAAAGGGAAUAUUUUUGCUAUAUGUGUUUGUCUCUUUCAUUUGCUUUUUACAUUUGUUUAUUUCUAUUUUUAUAGACAUUUUAUAAAAGGUUGAAUUGAAAAAAGAUUAAAAUGUAAAAAAUUUUGCACUGGGUAUGUGAAAACCACUCAAGAACGUUUUAUUCUGCACUUAAUAUCUUUCAAAUAUACUUUUUCUUGGUGGUAAGAUCCAAUUGAAAUAAUUUUUAUGUAUUUGUGACUAAUUUAUAUUGCAUUCUUCUCUUGUGCAUGACUGAAUUUAUUUGAAUAGGGCAUUAUAAUGUGUUCAAGUGUACAUGUCCAAAAUUCAUUUUGUAAUCCUCUUAGCACUUGAGGAACAAGUUGAGUCAAAUAUAACUCUCUCCCUUUUGGUAAUAAUUAUCUUCAAAUAAAAAGAGUUUGCAAUAAAAAUGGUCUGAGCGCUAUUAAAUCAAAGCAAUUAAAUUGAAAACACACAAUUGUACAUAGCAUUUCACUAAAACACUUUCCCACACUACAGAGUGCAUGUGUAUGUCUAGAUUGUUUUUAGUUUAAGAACAUUUUAUAAUUAAAUAAAAAAAAAAUUGUACCACAUAUCAAAAUGUAUCAGAUUAUUUUGCUAAAUAAAAUU